AUUUCAUUCGAAGCCUUUAACUGGAUCAGUACGACUUCUCGCGAGGUGGAUUUGAGUUUACUAAUUGUUUGAUGAGCAAAAGCCAAUUGCCAUAUUCUUCCUGAGUGAUGCUUUUUACUAUGAUAUGAUGCUCCGCGACAAAACUUAGACAGCAGAAAGUGGGGAGUGUUUGUAUUUGAAGUUUCAGUUAUGUAUUCGCAACUUUAGAGCCCAAAAACUUGUCAGAAGAAAGUGCAACAGGACGAAUAUACAAGUAGGAUACAUUGACGUUGUUGGAAGCAGGGGAGGAAAAGGAACUAAACGCACAUUUCUUUAGUUUCAUUACAUUGCAAAAAGAUCAUACUUCGGAUUUGAUUUUGCCAAGUUCUCAUCCUAGUUUCCACGGCACUCUUCUUCGUUCGGGUGUCUUCAACAAGUGGGAUUAAAAGUUCUCUCUUUGAUUUUCAUUGUUUGACUCUGAAUGAUACUUUGUAAGACAUUUCACACUAGUGAAAUUCCCUAUCUUUACCUUUUCAGUCAUGAAAAAUGCGGCUGCUGCCGUCAAAACGUCUUUGCUAAACCAAUCAGAUACUCGUACCAUUGCCAACUUUUACGCAGUCCAGCUCCAACUUCUUUGCCGAGAGAAAAAGUAUGCCAGCUCAGCUUUUGCUCUUGUUCGAUCAAUCCAUGGCAACAUGAUUACCUCCGGAUUCAGGCCACGAAGCCACAUCCUUAAUCGCUUAAUCGACAUUUACUGCAAAAAUUCCGGCCUUGCGUAUGCAAAGCACCUGUUUGAUAGAAUUCCCCAACCAGACGUCGUGGCAAGAACAACAAUUAUUGCUGCAUACUCUGCUUCCGGUGACCCCAAGCUUGCAAGAGAGGUUUUUAAUAAAACCCCAUUAAGCAUCCGCGACACUGUUUGUUACAACGCUAUGAUUACAGGCUAUUCACACAACAAUGAUGGCCAUGCUGCUAUAAAACUAUUUCUUGAUAUGAGGUGGAAAAGUUUUCAGCCUGAUGAGUACACCUACACCUCGGUGCUUGCAGCUUUAGCCCUUAUAGCUGAUCAUGAAAUGCACUGCGGGCAGCUGCAUUGUGCUGUUGUGAAGUCGGGCAUGGCGUCAGUUAAGUGCGUCGUCAAUGCACUUAUAUCAGUCUAUGUAAAAUGUGCUUCAUCACCCAUAGCGUCAUCCGUGGUGUUGAUGGACUCAGCAAGCAAAUUAUUUUAUGAGAUGUCAGAGCGGGAUGACUUGUCCUGGACUACGAUUAUCACAGGGUAUGUGAAGAAUGAUGACCUUGAUGCUGCUCGGAAGGUGUUUGAUGGUAUGGAUGAGAAGUUGCUUGUGGCAUGGAAUGCAAUGAUCUCUGGCUAUGUACAUAAAGGUUUCAUCUUCGAAGCAUUAGAUAUGUUAAGGAAAAUGCACUCAGCAGGGUUGAAGCCAGAUGAGUUUACCUGCACUAGUAUCCUCAGUGCUUGUGCCGAUGCUGGAUUGUUUCUUCUAGGAAAACAGGUGCAUGCUUAUGUUAGACGAACAGAAGAGGAAAUUCAUGUGUCUGUGCAUAACGCUUUAAUAACAUUAUAUUGGAAAUGUGGUAGAGUCGACGAAGCAAGAAAAGUUUUUGAUAAUCUAGCCUUUAAGGACCUUGUUUCGUGGAAUGCAGUUCUAUCAGCAUAUGUAGGUGCAGGGCGGAUUAAUGAAGCUAAAUUAUUCUUUGAUGAGAUGCCAGAGAAGAAUUCUCUGGCAUGGACAGUAAUGAUAUCAGGAUUUGCACAAAAUGGAAAAGGGGAAGAAGCACUUAAACUGUUCAACCAAAUGAGACUACACGGGAUCGAGCUGUGUGACUAUGCAUUUGCAGGAGCUAUUACAUCUUGUGCAGUGCUUGCAGCACUAGAAACUGGAUGCCAACUCCAUGCUCAGCUUAUCCAGCGUGGAUUUGAUUCAAGCCUUUCAGCUGGAAAUGCAUUAAUAACAUUUUAUGGAAGAUCUGGGGUCAUUGAAGCUGCACGUACUGUGUUUCUCACAAUGCCUUGUGUAGAUUUGGUUUCUUGGAAUGCAUUAAUUGCUGCC